AAGAGGCAGGGAAUGGGGGUUAUGAUCAGUUUAUCACCUGAGGCUUCUCCAGCUGCUCAGGGAGAGGAGGGGGAUCCCUCUCACAGGAGACAGUUAUCCAUGAACUUCUCCAAUGUGAGUCCAUCUCACAAGAAACAGCUCUCUGUGAACUGCUGCAAUGUGAGUCCCUCUCACGGGCAACAGUCCUCCCAAAACUGCUGCAGUGUUCCACGAGGUGCAGUCCUCCAAGGACAGGCUGCUCCAGCCUGGUACCAUGGCCCUGUCUCCAUGGGCCUCCCACAGGGUCACAGCCUGCUCCAGGUAUCCACAGCUCCAGCUGUGUCUCCUCCAAAGGUGCAGGUGGAUCUCAGCAUCCCUGUGGUCCUCCAUAAGCUGCAGAGGCUCAGCUGCCUCACAUGAGCUGGCUGCACCAUUGUCUGCAUAGAAAUCUCAGCUUUGGUGCCUGGAGCACCUCAUUUCCCUCCUUCUCCUCUGACCUUGGUCUACAGAGUUGUUCCUCUCACAUAGUCUCACUCUGCUCUUCUCUGGCCACAAUAACAACUGCCAACAUAACUUUGUUAAAUUUCUUCCUAAAUCUGUUAUCAUAGAGGCAUUAGUAGCAUUUCUAAUUGGCCCAGCCUUGGCCAGUGCCACGUUCAUCUUCGGAGCCAUCAGGGAUUGGCUCUGUUGGACAUGGAGGAAGCUUCCAGCUGCUUCUCACAUAAGUCACCCCUGUACCUCUCCACCUUCCUGUAUGCACGCCUCCCCCUCAUCCCAUACCUUCCCCCAUAUGAAAGCUUGGCCUUAAUAAACCUAAUACAACCUGAUUUACUCCCUUUUUAAUACUAUAAUCUUUGUGACAUCAUCUUUCGUAUUUCAAAGUACUGCUGUAGUUACCUACACAAUCUUGUCUAAUAAUCCCAUUGUAUGUCAGUCUGCGAGGGAAAUUGCUUCCUUGCUCUCACUUUAUCUGACAGUACUGACAAGUAACACUUCCUUUCCUGAUUAUAUCCACCUACGUGUAACUGAGGGUUUUUUCCGCAGUAGUUUUUGCUGAAGGCUGUUAGAGGACCAAUGAAUAUAAACUUCCAUGGAUCUCUCCUGUCUAAUGAAAUAAACGAAGCUUUUUGAAUGUGGUCUUGAGUGUACAUACUAUUGUACAUUAUAUACAACAGAAUAACAAAUUAUCAUGAUGCAGAUGUUGUCUGAUAUUUUUUCUUAGAAGUAGUUUAGUAUUUUGUGAAGACCCUUUUUUUUUUUUUUUUGUGCAACAGCAAUUUUCUAUAUCCAUAGAAGCAGAAUUCACUAAUACCUCUGAACUCCUGCUAGGGUAAUACAAUUUUAGGCUCUGUAGUAUCUAUAUAAAUCUUAAAGAUGUGGUGCUCUUAUGUUUAUUCUUGUCGGUCUUUUAGGAAUGUAGAGAAUCAUAAGCCACAGCUUAAAAACCCCAUCAGAAAUUCCCAUUCACAAAUACUUUGGCGGCUUUUAAUUUCAACAGCUCUUAGUUUUGAAACACAGGAGUGCCAGUGAGAGGUGAUCAUGUAACUUCUCUUGCCGCAUAGAGCUUCCAGCCUAGAAAAUUAUAUUUAGGAGGGCUGUUCUUCACGCUCCUCGCCUCGGACCUGUCACAUUCUCAUCUGACUGCUCUGAGCUCCACGGGAGAGGUCCCGAGUGUUUGGCACUUCCCAAGCCUCGUCCGCACAACCUGACGCCUCGCAGCAGGAUGGAGAUGUCUCCAGAGAAACACCGCCUGGAAACGCCGCUCGGCAUCCUCUCCCUCUCCACCUAGAACUCAUUUCUGAAGCUGCUGCUUCACGGGGUGGCCUGGCCCUGAGGUAAAUGGCCCAGCCCGAGAUAGGCUCCUGGCCCCGAGGUCAAGAUAAGCAGCCUGUGCAGAACACUGCGUUCAUAAAUGUGAAACAAGCCCACACCAGCAUGUUUGGCAGUAAGAGAUUAAAGAAAAAGUCCCAGUCGGUGGAUAUUAGUGGGCCAGGAUGCAACCCAGUGGCAGCUGACGCUCAGACACCUGAGCCCAGCAAACCUUUACCUGCCACUCCGACCGCGGCUUCCGAGGAGGACCAGGACAACACCACCAACACCCAAAGGCGUCACCCACGGAGGAGUGAUUUGAAGAGAUAUUACACCAUUGAUGCUGGCCAGAAGAAGACCCCAGACAAGAAAGAUGGGCGACGAAUGUCUUUUCAGAAACCUAGAGGGACUCUUGAAUAUUCUGUGGAAUCAAGAGAUACUUUAAACAGUAUUGCCUUGAAAUUUGAUACAACACCCAAUGAACUGGUUCAAUUAAAUAAGCUUUUCUCCAGAGCAGUUGUUCCUGGACAGAUUUUGUAUGUUCCUGACCCAGACUACAUUUCUAGUGUGGACAGCUCCCCCUCUCUAAGUCCUGUAAGUCCCCUAUCACCUACAUCUUCCGAAGCAGAGCUUGACAAGGCUACAGUAAAUGAUUCAGAUGGAGUCCAACAGAAGGAGUCAGCUGUUUCACCAGCACAUGCAUGUGUUCGUCCUUCAAGAGUGGUAUCAUCUACCUCCGAAGAGGAGGAAGCAUUUACAGAGAAAUUUCUAAAAAUUAAUUGCAAGUACAUCACUAAUGGCAAGGGUACGGUCAAUGGUGUGCUGCUAGUGACGCCAAAUAAUAUAAUGUUUGAUCCUCAUAAAAUGGAUCCUCUGGUCCAAGAGAAUGGCUGUGAAGAAUAUGGCAUCAUGUGUCCAAUGGAAGAAGUGAUGUCAGCUGCUCUGUAUAAGGAAAUUGUGGACAGCAAAAUUAAGGAGUCAUUAAGCAUAGAUGUAGAACAACUGUCAGUAAGGGAACUUGGCCAUUCCAAGAAGGCUGGAAAGAGCAAUACAGAUGACGCGGAUUCCAGGGUUCGGGACACGGGCAAUGACAGUGCUAGUACUGCACCAAGAAGCACAGAGGAGUCUCUUUCAGAAGAUGUAUUCACAGAAUCAGAACUCUCUCCAAUACGUGAGGAACUUGUUUCCUCAGAUGAGCUUCGACAAGAUAAAUCUUCUGGAGCAUCAUCAGAAUCUGUCCAAACAAUAAACCAGACUAGUGCUGAAUGUUUAACAGUCAUUUCAGACUCAAAUGAAGCUGCCAGUGACUUAAAGCCCAGUGCCGAAGUAGUUGAUGUUAAACAGUUUGGUACCCACUUAAGUUCAGAACAUGCUAAAAGGUCUGUAAAAGGGGGACAAGAACCUGGUGAAAAUACUGCAGAUGUCCUCCAGCAAUCUUUACAAAAAUCACAGGGUAGUGAGGGGCACAGCAAGGAGACAGAAGUGGGCAAGGAUCAGGGUUCCUCAACAGGAAAAAAAGCAGAUAAUGAGAUGCAGGAGGAAUGUCCGGGUUGUGAAGAUACCACAGACUCUCAAAAGCAAGAGACACCUAGCAAAAGAAAAGUAGUGAGAGAGCAAAGUCAAGACUCAACUUCAGAGGCAGAAGUUGAAGAACUCCGCAAGCUCUGGAAGACUCACACUAUGCAACAAACAAAACAACAAAGAGAAAACAUGCACCAGGAUUCACAAAAAGAAAUCAGUCAGAAAGCUGUAUCUGCAGGAGAUGGGCGGUUAGAAGGUUCUUCUGUUAUGAAGGAAAAAAGACGGCAUCGAUCUCACAAGUUUCUGUGUCUCAGGGUUGGAAAACCUAUGAGAAAAACAUUUGUUUCUCAAGCAAGUGCAACAAUGCAACAGUAUGCACAAAGGGACAAAAAACACGAGUACUGGUUUGCUGUUCCACAAGAAAGGACAGAUCACUUGUAUAUCUUCUUUAUCCAGUGGAGUCCAGAAAUAUAUGCAGAAGAUACUGGGGAGUCUCUUCGGGAACCUGGAUUUAUAGUGGUAAAAAAGAAAGAAGAGCCUGAAACUAGUGAAGAAUCAAGUACUGAAGAUGCUGCUAAAGAAUGGGAGGUAGUGUCAGUGGCUGAGUAUCACCGCAGGAUCGAUGCUCUAAAUAGCGAAGAACUGCGCACACUCUGCAGACGUCUCCAGAUAACAACAAGAGAAGAUACCAAUUCAAAACAGGCAACAAAUAUCAAAACAGACCUGGAGCCUGAAGCAUUCCGGCCAAAUCUUAGUGAUCCAAGUGAAUUACUACAACCAGAACAAAUUGAAAAGCUCACAAAGUCUCUUCCACCACGGACUAUUGGCUAUCCAUGGACUCUUGUCUACAGUACUGCAAAGCAUGGCAUGAGCUUGAAGACCUUGUAUCGGACAAUGAUGGGAUUAGACACACCUGUGCUCUUGGUUAUCAAAGACAGUGAUGGACAGGUUUUUGGUGCACUAGCAUCUGAACCAUUUAAAGUAAGCGAUGGCUUCUAUGGCACUGGGGAGACCUUUAUGUUCACUUUUUCUCCAGAUUUUGAGGUUUUUAAAUGGACAGGAGACAACAUGUUCUUCAUUAAAGGAGACAUGGACUCUCUUGCUUUUGGUGGAGGAGGAGGAGAGUUUGCUCUUUGGCUUGAUGGUGAUCUCUACCAUGGAAGAAGUCAUUCAUGUAAAACAUUUGGGAAUCACACACUUUCUAAGCGAGAAGACUUCACUAUUCAAGACAUAGAAAUAUGGGCUUUUGAAUAAGUAUUUCACUAUUUCUACAGGUUAUUGUCCCAAACCUGACAUGAAUCAGUGCAGCUUAAAAAUCCCUAGGAGCAAUAUAAUGUAUUUUACUUAUCUGGGUUUUUUUGGGGUUUUUUUCUAAUUUUUCAGUGUGGCCAUUAGUUAUUAUUUUUAAAUAGAAGUUUUUUCAUGCUCUUGCAUCUGUAAUAUACUGUCAUACUUUUUCUAAGCUAUAGACUCUUUUACAAAAUAUUGACCUUGUGGACUAAAAAUUAACAUUAGUUACUUUGCGCCUUGUGGCCUGCAAAAUUUUCUUAUCCGUAUUAUGAUUGCCUCCCAGGUUUCCCACACACACCUUUCCUGCAAUCCUGCUAGGGGGCUGCUUCAUUGAAUAUAGCUUCUUAUUUUUGUAUUCAAAUUAUGUCUAUGAAUGAAGUUGCCCUCUGUGAACCUCUAAGAAAGCUGCGUGUGGGUAUUUGGCAGCAGCACUGCAGAGAUCCAGACCAAUGAUGGGUUAUUCCAGUGGUGCCACAAAUGGGUGAGAAACUGAGCAUUCCUUCUUAACACAUCCCAGUACACACAUGGUGAAGUUAGAAGAUAUUCAAAGUCAACAGUGCCACUUGUCUUGUUUCUUGUUCAUGUGUAGAAAAAAGUCAGUUAAUAUGUGUUGUAGCUGCAUGCUGAUUGUAUUUAAAGAGUGUUUUUGCACAUGCUGUUAAUGAUCCGCAGGUUUGGGACAAAUACUGACAAUAUUGAGCUAAGUGGCAAAGACUACAAAAUAGCAAGUGAAUGUAAGAAUAUGAUAGUUCCAAAAACUUAAAAGGCUAAAGCAAGCAAAACUCAGUGAACAAUUUGUAGCUAUAGUAGGGCAUUAAAAGUACAGAAACAGAUGCAUCUUUCUUCAACAUAAAGUGUCAGAUAUAUACUGUUAUACUGUUGUAGCCGUGUAGCACAUCAGCUCCAAGAAUAUAGCUUAUUCCUGUCCAAAGAAAAGAAUUAUUUGUGAUGUUUUUGAGUGGGUCUAUGUUGUAAAUUUACAAUUAGCACCAGCUCUGAUUAAAAUGACAUCAUGUAUCAUAGGUAGACAAUAUUGUAAUUCAGUAGAGUUGUGGAAUAUGCAAACUUACUGUCAUGUGACCUCAAAAAAUAAAUGACAGGCUAGAAUACAGUUCCAGUAGCUCUUGUCCACUUUUGUAGAAAACUUGAUAAGCCAUUGUGGCAAUAACAGCUCAACAAAACUGUUUGUUUCAAAGCUUUUAUUCUAUGUUCUGCAAAAAAAACAAAGCAAAACAAAAAAAGAACAAAAAAAUUGCUGUUAAGUGUGACAGUGACUGACUUUGUGCUGAAAUUUCAGCUAUUUCAGACAAACAUUGUAUAUUUUCUUGUAAAUUAAUGUUUAAAGUAGUUUUGUUAUUAUAGAAAAGUGUUGAUUGACGGGUUGCUUAUAGCACUUUAAAUUAUUCUAGAAAUGGAAUAAAAGCCAAAAGGGUUGGCUUACAUAGAUGUAGUUGUAUAUUUCAAAAUAUUUACAUUUCUGGAAAGUUAAAAAAAAAAAAAACUUAUUUGAAGACAGCUUACUGCUAUGGUAACAAGAAAGGGCAGAUGUUUCAUCUAUAAUAUGCUAAUGCUCAAUAUGAAUAGAAAAACAGGGCUUUGUUUCCUGUCUCUAUGUAUAUCUCUUUAUCCUUAUUAGAACUUAGUACAAUGUGUAGAGUAAAUGUUUACAAAAUAAGGAACUGUAAAUAAAUUGAAAUGGCUUUUCUCCCCUUUGGUCUUCCACAGCAGUAUUAUUGUCUUUGUGGAGUUACAACUGAUUAUUACAACAACAACAAAAAAAUCCUGUAAUGGAUUUCAAGUACUAUAAGCUCACAGUGAUGUAUAGCAAAUAAAUCUAAAUAUAUGUAAAAAUAA